CCUCCCCUCCUCCUCCUCCUCUUCCUCCUCCUCCUCCUCCGGCCAUGGAGGGAGCUUGGUGAGCGGCCGCCCCCGGAACUGCUACAAUGUCCAGCCAGCCAUUGAGCCAUCCUGCUGAAAAUGGGGAAUGUCCUAAGCCCAUCACAGGAAACGGACCUCAUAAUUUGGUUCACCCGAACCUGGAAACCUUCACUCCAGAAGAAAUGUUGCAGCAGAUGAAGGAGCUUCUUACUGAGAACCACCAACUAAAAGAAACCAUGAAGCUGAAUAAUCAAGCUAUGAAAGGACGGUUUGAAGAGCUGUCAGCCUGGAGAGAGAAACAGAAGGAAGAACGCCAGUUUUUUGAGUCAAAGUUCAAAGAAGCUAAAGAGCGUUUGUUGGCCUUGAGCAAUGAGAACGAAAAACUGAAGCAAGAACUUGAUGGUGUGAAAGGGGAAAAAAAAGGAUUUAUGGAGGACCCUGUAGGUGACUCCAAGAAUCCCGGGAAAGACACAGAACAGGAAGUGGAGCAUCUGAAAAUACAACUGGCUCGACUUCAGGCAGAGAAGGCAGAUCUGCUUGGCAUCAUAUCAGAAUUGCAGCUCAAAAUGAACUGCACAAGCAGCUCUGAGGACUCCUUCGUGGAAAUUAGAAUGGCGGAAGGAGACGAGACCAGGGAUUUGAAAGCAGCCAUGAAUGGUUCCCAGCCAAGACCAGCGGACAACUUUGACACGAGCAAAACUGUGAAUGCAGCAAAGAGUUUCUCAGAACGUGAAGAACUAACUGUGAGUCAACUUCUGCUCUGCCUCAAGGAAGGAAAUCAGAAGGUGGAGAGGCUGGAAGCUGCCCUUCAGGCAGCCAGAGAUAGGCUCUCUGAUGUAGAAAAGAAAGCAUUGGCUCAGUCUGAGAAAGAGACCCAGACAGAGGGGAGUCAUGGAGACGAGGAAGAGGAGAAGCAGAGCCCAGAGUCUGUGAGUGUCACUGUCGGAAGUGAAGUGGAAGUAUUGAACCAACAGGUGACCACCCUGUUUAAAGAACUCCAGGAGACUCAUGCCAAACUAAGCGAAGCUGAGUUGAUGAAGAAGAGGCUUCAAGAAAAAUGUCAGGCCCUCGAAAGGAAACACUCGGCUACCUCAUUAGAGGUGAAUGAGAAGCAAGAACUGGUGUACGCCAACAAGAAGCUGGAGCUGCAGGUGGAGAGCAUGCGAUCGGAGAUCAAAAUGGAGCAAGCCAAAACAGAAGAUGAGAAGUCCAAAUUUACCAACUUACAGGCAGCACACAGCAAGCUUCUUCUUGAACACAAUAAUUCUCUGAAAGCAAUUGAGGAACUUAAAAGCAAAGAGUCAGAGAAAGUGGAUCAGGCUGUGGUAAGGGAACUCCAGGAGAAGCUGGACUUGGCAGAGCAAGCCCUGGCUUCCAAGCAGCUCCAGAUGGAUGAGAUGAAGCAGACCAUUGCCCGGCAGGAGGAAGACCUGGACACCAUGGCUGUCCUGCGAGCUCAGAUGGAGGUUUAUUGUUCUGACUUCCAUGCUGAAAGAGCAGCCAGGGAAAAGAUUCAUGAGGAAAAGGAACAGCUGGCCCUGCAGCUGACAUACCUGUUGAAAGACAGCCAUGUCUUUGAAGAUGGGGGCAGACAGUCCUUGAUGGAGAUGCAGAGUCGUCAUGGGGCCCGAACUGCAAAUGAUCAGGACCAGCAACUUCACCUCGUACAAAGAGGUGCUGAUGAGAGAAGUUGGAGGCAGCAGCAGCAACAGCAGAAUAAUAUUCCAAUACAUUCUUGCCCCAAGUGUGGAGACAUCCUGCCGGACAUUGACACGUUGCAGAUUCAUGUGAUGGAUUGCAUCAUAUAGAUCCAGACAGUUCCCCCAGUAAAACAGUCGGGAAAUGCUCGAUUCAUUCACCAACCCCACUCUACCUCCCAUAUCUUUGUAUGGCUUUUUAUCUCCCUACCAGCCCCAAUUUUGACCAUUCUGUCAAUUUCCGGAGAAAGACCUUUUAGGUUUGAAGUUAGUCACUGACAGUGGAUUUCCCUAAAUCAAUCUGCUGAAAUAGAAUCUCUAAUGUAGCCUCUCUGAAAUGAGUUCCAUUUCUCAUGUUCCGUUUCUGCCUGCUCUGAACCGCAGAUAAUAUCUGCCUGGAUUAACGCCAUCCGACUGGAGAUGACCCACAGUCAGUUGAAAAGCACUAUAAGCUGGCAGGGAAAAUGAAGUGUUUCCAGAUUUAAUCAAGAAACAAACUUCUUGGCUUGAGGCCUCUUAAAUUGGGUAACUCAUUUUCUUCUGUACCAAGUUGAAAUGAAUCUUGUGUUUUUCUCCGAAUUAGUUUUACGGUUGCCUCUAGACUACUCCUCUAUGGUGAUUUGUUCUCUGCAUUUGGAUGCUGUGUGCUUUAACCAAAUAGAGGGCAAGUGAAAAUGAAAUUGUGGACAUCUAUGAAGUAUUGUAACAGUGUUAGGCUCCCUUGAUUUUAAUGGAACAGCUUGCAUUGUAGAAGUUGUCUUUGUACUUUAGUGAUAACAAGCACACCAGUUUGUUGUACAGUAGAUGAUUUAUGAGCCUGUUAGAACUCAGACAGGCAUCUGUUCAUUUUCUUGAAUGAUUGUGUUACAUCUUCAAAGUCACAACAUGGAAAAUGAAACGCUGGCAAAAAUAAAACGUGGAUGCUUAUAAAUAUUUUAGCUCAUUAUAUGUAAUUGAUUAAUAAAUGAAUGUUUUUUUCUGAAUUAUACCAUAUGCCUA